AUGUUUCAUAACAGUCAAGAAUCGAUCGAGGAUCCCUCACGCUCAUUAUUGGGCUAUGUGCACUACACAUUUGUCAAUGGAUCUCGCAAUCGGCAAUAUCGUCCAGCUCCAGGGGGACGUAGCAACGAGAUCGGUUGGAGAAUCCAUCUAAAGCGGAAAGCUCGGACAACUCCAAAGGAAUGGACCGACGAUCCAUAUUUUGUGUCUCAUUUGUUGGCUCUUGCGCAGCUAAAAGACCGCAACCGCACCGUCAAUCCAUCAAAACCAAUCACUUACACUUCACGUCUUCUCGCGACUCACAUACAUGAAAAACAUUUUAUCAUACUCUAUGAGGCCCAGAUCACUACCGAGGUCCUGAAUGCGCUCAGUCAUUGGAGGGAUGCAACAACCCCCAUCCAAUGGCCUACAAUUAAGCGCAAAAGAAUCCCAUAUCAGCCUUAUGAUACGUUUGCUAGCCGGCUUAUAGCGGAGAUAGGGGAAUCUAGGCCUUCCGACAGUCUGUCAAAUAUAUCAGAUGGUGUGGAUAGUGUGGAUGAGCACGGUGGGAAACGACCAUACGAACCAGAAGAUAGCGGGUCAUCCAAGAUGAUGAGGACUUCAAAAGAGGCGGGUCUAUAA